AUGUCAGUUUAUUACGUUGUAUGCUUUCUUUUGGUAGUUCUAUUGGUUUUCAGAUUCAAGCAAAAGAAUCCCAAAGGCUCGUCAAGGAAAUCGGUCGUUCCGGACUCGUGGAGAAGGAUUUUUGGAAGAUACAGUGACCUUGACAGGCCACCCGUGUCAUCUGACAUGGCCCGUGUCAGGAGAGGGAUAAAAUCAGAAGUUAGGAAGAAAAACAAUGGGCUGACACGGGUGCUCGUGUCAGCUGACAUGACCCGUGUUAGCAAGCUUGCCACUUCCUCAAGUUCUCAAGCACAAGAUGAUCUACCAAGUGCAACUGUGACAAAUCCAAGAGAGCAUAAUAAUGUUAGUGUUGUGACAACGAGAAGUGGUAAAUCUCAUGAAGUCCUUGAGGAGAAAGCUGAAGAUGAAGAUCAACUGCUUGAAGUAGAUCUUGAGAUCAAAGAAAAUGAAGCUGUAAGGGAAGAAUUGGUUGUGCCUAAACAAGUGGUGAAAGAAAAAGUCAUUGAACCAAAAUCAGUCAUUAAGCUUCCCUUUCCCACAAGAAACAAGAAAAAGGGGCAACAUGAGAAAAACUUUGAGAAAUUCUUAGAGUUGUUCAAGAAGUUAGAAAUCAACAUUCCACUUUUGGAAGCACUUGAACAAAUGCCUACAUAUGUCAAGUUCAUGAAGGACAUCAUUUCGAAGAAGCGAACCAUUGGCACAAACCCAAUUAUUCUAACCGAAACUUGUAGUGCUAUUUUGCAGGGUAUGAAAAUUCCAAUGAAGAAGAAAGAUCGAGGUGAUGUCACCAUCCCUUGCACCAUUAGAGAUAGGUCUUUCAAAAAAUCUCUUAUUGAUUUAGAAGCUAGUGUGAGUCUCAUGCCUUUACCCAUUUACAAGAAAUUGGGUAUAGGGGUUGUGCAAGACACCAGGAUGACACUUCAAUUUGCCGAUCAUUCGGUCAAGAAACCUUAUGGGAUAGUUGACGAUGUUCUAGUGAAGAUUGACAAGUUUGUAUUCCCAGUGGAUUUUGUGAUUCUAGAGAUACCUGAAGAUGAAGAGAUUCCUCUCAUUCUUGGGAGACCCUUUUUAGAGAAUGGAAGAUGUUUGAUCGACAUAGAGGAAGGUACUAUGAUGUUGAAGGUCUAUGAUGAGGAAUUAAAAAUUUAUGUUCAAAACACCAUGAAAUACAAAGAUGAUAUUAGCACUAGUCAUAUAAUUGAGGUUAUAGAUCAACUAAUUUCUUAUGAAGGCCAUUGA